CUCAACGGUGACCCAUUCGCCAAAAAGUUCUUGAUCUUGGGAGCCGAUCGACAGAUAGGGCAAGAAGAAAGAACGGGAAAAUGGUCGAACAGGUGGAACCAUGCCUCGCCAUCUUUGUCGUCACCCCAAACUCCCCUCUCCUCUUGUCCUCGUCCCCGUAGCAUCAAGACAAUGUGGCUGGUCAUGCCGCGCACUAGAUGACAAGGGGAGAGGCUUGGAGCCAUCGGAGCAGGUCCGCCCCGCGCAUCCCCCUUUCGCUUGCUCUCUCCCCCAGAGAAGAGACAAAACCACAAGGAGUGGUGUUUUUGUUUUGUUGAGGCGCCGUUGGCGACUUGCGAGGCCACGGAAUAAAGCGGCCACGCUGAUUCCCUCGCUAUCGGACAAGGCUCCAAACCCUGGUCAUAAUUUAAGGGGGGCGGAGGCCUCCGGACGAGGACACGGAAGCGGUGCGGACAAAAGGCUUCGCUUUUGUCGCCAGCGCCACCGGAGGCGUUUAGCUGCUGUGCUUUUAUGACCGGCUUUGGCUUUUGAGGGGGACGGCAGAGAGACUUGUGUGGCCCGGAAGGGAGGGCAGGGUCGUUGCAUAUCUUAGCAAAUCUCCCGUGGAGAAGGACAGCUUCCUACCGUCUCAGGUGGCGAGCUUUUGGAUCCGUUGUCACGGGAGGCUUGUUGGAGAGAUCGUAAUCCUUCGAGCUGGCCGUCUUUUUCUGCUGCAACAAGCUUGAUCCUUCCUCAGCCUACUUCCUGCUCGACGAAAUUCCCCUGCUUUUCCCACCUCUUCCGAGUCUUGCUCUGAUGGCUUCGGCCGUUAGCUUGUGUUGAGUCUGGUCCUCUGUUUGCGGCCAGUGCUUUGCUGUCGACGCCUGCAUCGAGUGGGCGAUGGCGCCUUUGAUGGCCAACGUAGUGCAAGACGAAGGGUCGUCCUCGGUGACCUCGUCCCCUCUCAAGACCUUCUCCCUGAUGUCUCUCUCCCCUCCCUCCCUGUCGCCCUACUCACCGUGGCUCCGCGAGCUUAAGUCCGACGAGCGCGGCCUCUGCCUCAUCCACCUCCUCCUCAACUGCGCCAACCACGUCGCCGCCGGCAGCAUCGACCGCGCCAACGCCUUCCUGGAGCAGAUCGCCCUGCUUGCCGCCCCCGAUGGCGACGCCAUGCAACGCAUCGCCUCGCACUUCACCGAGGCCCUCGCCCGCCGCGCCCUCCGCCUCUGGCCGGGCCUCUACCACGCCCUCGACUCCACCCGCGCCGUCGUCCUGCCUCUCGCGGAGGCCGCCGCGGCCCGCCGCCAUUUCCUCGACCUCUGCCCCUUCCUCCGCCUGUCGUAUGUUGUCUCCAACCAGGCGAUCAUGGAGGCGAUGGAGGGCGAGAGGGUGGUCCACGUCGUCGACCUCAACGCGUCGGACCCCACCCAGUGGAUCUCCCUCCUCCAAGGGCUACGGGCACGGCCGGAGGGCCCGCCGCACUUGAAGAUCACCGGCGUACACGAGCACAAGGAGCUGCUCAACCACACGGCCGCGCGCCUUUCGGAUGAGGCCGAGCGGCUCGACAUCCCGUUCCAAUUCAACGCCGUGGUGAGCAGGCUUGACAACCUCGACGUCGAGAGCCUCCGCGUCAAGACCGGGGAGGCGUUGGCCAUCAGCACAGUCCUCCAGCUGCAUUCCUUGCUCGCAAGCAACGACGGCGCCGGCGACCCGCGGCAGGCACAAAGAACUGCGCCAGUCAGCCAGCUGACCUUAGGGGAUUACUUCGAGAAGGACCACGUCGCGAACGGAUACAGCCCGAGCACGGAGUCGGCGCUGUCAUCGCCGUUCGCACCGGCAUCGUCGCCGGCGAGGAUGGAGAGCUUCCUGGCAUUGCUGUGGGGUCUGUCGCCCAAGAUCAUGGUGGUGACGGAGCAGGAGUCCAACCACAACGUGCCGGCGCUGAACGAGCGGUUCGUGGAGGCUCUCUUCUACUACGCCGCCCUGUUCGACUGCCUGGACUCGACGGUGCCGAGGCAGUCCGUCGAGCGGCUGCGGGUGGAGAAGAUGCUGUUGGGUGAGGAGAUCAAGAACAUCAUCGCGUGCGAGGGGUGGGAGAGGAAGGAGCGGCACGAGAAGCUGGAGAGGUGGGCGCAGAGGAUGGACAUGGCCGGGUUCGGACCGCUGCCUCUCAGCUACUACGGCCUCCUGCAAGCGAGGAGGCUGCUGCAGAGCUUCGGCUGCGAGGGUUACAAGGUGAAGGAGGAGAACGGGUGCUUCCUGUUGUGCUGGCAGGACCGACCGCUCUUCUCCAUUGCAGCAUGGAGGUGCAAACGCUACGAUUGACUUUGUUUCCUCAUUUCUUCUUCUUCUUCUUCUUCUUUAGUGUUCCCUAUCCAUUUCCUCCAGAAAUGUUGUACAUGUAUAUGAUCUUUUUGGCCCUCUUCAAUGCACAACUGUUUGGGAAACAGGAUGUGUAUGUGCUGCAUCAAAUUUUGUUCUUCCUCUGUUUCUGUUU